GGGCUCAUAAACAUACCUUUGCUUUUACAAAACAGCAAAAGUCGGCAAAGAAGGAAAUGGCGGUGGGUUUUGCAGUAAAAAUAUUCCAUUAUAUGUGAGCGGCAUGCGUUAGGAGCUCAUAUGUCAUGGUCAACGAAAGCGAUGGUCUAGGUAUCGAGUUUUUGCAUUCAAAACAGCUUUUAAUCGGAUUGAACCAGCUCCGUCAACGAAAAGAGCUUUGUGAUGUGGAGUUGUGUGUUGGGAAUGUACAAAUUUCGGCACAUCGGGUUGUUCUUUCUGCUUGCAGCGCCUAUUUUGACGCUAUGUUCACCGGCAAUCUACUAGAAAGCAAAAAGCAGGUGAUAUACAUUAAGGGAAUAGAUGAGACGGCGUUACAAUUAUUAGUGGAUUUUGCGUAUACUGGUAAAGCCGAGAUCACCCAGGAAAACGUUCAAUUGCUUUUACCGGCUGCAAAUAUGCUUCAACUUUACAAAGUGAAAGACGCUUGUUGCCAGUUCCUUUCUGAUCAGCUAGAUUAUUCAAAUUGCUUGGGGAUUAGUAAGUUUGCCGAGGCGUUCACGUGUCAGACUUUGGUUAAAAAGGCGAAGAAAUUUAUUCAGGAUAAUUUCAGGAGUGUGGUUGAACAAGAAGAGUUUUUACUUCUGCCCUAUUCUCAUGUUACGGAACUUUUAGAAGACGACAAUUUAUGUGUCGAUUCAGAAUCAGUGGUAUUCGAGGCUGCAGUUUCUUGGAUCAAAUACAGGAUAGUAGAAAGAGGUCCUCUGUUAUCCAACCUUCUUCAGUAUGUCCGGCUAUGUCUGCUAAACAUUCGCUUUCUUUCUCAGUGUCUUGACACGAAUGAACUUGUCAAGGCCGACAGACAGUGCCAAAAUAUAAUCAAAGACGCUCUCAAAAAACGCUUAUUACCCGCUAGAAAAUCCCAUAAAUCGUUGAUAACACAGAGGAGGGCUCCUACUCGAAUAUUUGCUGUUGGGGGAAAAAAUGGUUUAUUUGCCACACUUAACAGCGUCGAGUUUUAUGAACCGCGAACUGAGAAAUGGACAGAAGUCGUCCCGAUGCAUUUGCGACGAUUCGAGUUCGGAGCAUCAUUUCUUGAAGGAAAGCUGUACGCAGUAGGGGGACUUGUGUGCGGGACAGGAACCAACCUAGGCAGGGCACCUUUCCGCUACUGUGACAAUGGCGUUGAGUGCUAUGACCUUGUGAGGGAUGGGGAGUGGACAAGGGUUCCACCCAUGCAUCAGUGCCGAAGCAAUCACAGUGUUUUAACUUUAGGUGGUUACUUAUAUGCACUUGGUGGUUACGAUGGGAACUCAUAUCUGAAUACUGUGGAGCGUUACUGCCCCAAGACCAAGGAAUGGACAAUGGUGUCUCCAAUGAUUUUCAGUCGUAGUUGUUUUGCGGCAGAAGUCGCAGAUGGGUACAUAUAUGCAUUCGGUGGGUACGGCCCAUCUUACCUGAGCACAGUAGAGAGGUAUGACCCCAGUAUGGACGCAUGGGAGAUGAUGCCAGCGAUGAGCAUGGUCCGUAUCAACUCUGGUGUUGGUGUUGUCGCUGGCUGUCUAUAUAUUGUUGGUGGGCAUAAUGGAGUCUCCCACUUGCAGAGUGUUGAGCGGUUCGACCCCAUCACUAAUGAGUGGUCCAUGGUUGCACCGAUGGGCCGUCCUCGCACAGGUUUAAGUGUGGCUGUACUUGAUGGACUGCUGUAUGCUAUUGGAGGCCAUGACGGCUCCGGCUAUCUGAAUCUCACCCAGUGCUAUGACACCAUCUCAAAUACCUGGCACUCCGUCAAGCCUAUGAACUCCAGUAGGUGUAGUUUUGGAAUUGCUACUGUUUAGUACAAUGUUCAAAUCGUAGUUUACAGGGACUGCGGGGCAUUUUUUAGCUUUGGUUGAUUUUUUUUUCAGGGCUCCAGAUUUAUACUUGUUCGUCUUGGCCAAAUUUUAGCCCUACCAAUUUUUAGCCCUAAAAUGGUCUCCGCGGUACCUUGUAUAAUCCUAUCUAUCCUAUAUCAGAUCUUAUUUCAUUUUUCCUUACGCCCUUUCGUAGAAAUUUUAAAGGGUCCUAAAUCUACAUUUUUUGCGACUUUCGAGACCUGCUUUAAGGUGAAUGUGCGCAAAUACUUAUGGCCUAAUUUGAUAAUGGUUGGCACUGAAUAUGGCCAAUAAAGCUGUACAUCAUGGAUUAGUUGGGCCUAGGAAGGAAUAUCUCAUAUCAAGAGAAAUGUAAAAAAAAAUGUUCUUCAAAUCUAAGGGCGCGAUCUUUUACUCGUGAUUCCGGAAUGAGAAGGAUUAGAAUAGAAAAAGCGCGCGUUCGUUCAUCCCGCGUUCCACCAAUUCUGCUACCAGUAGAGUGACUCGAAUGCCAUUCUGAACAUUCGCUACCAACCAUUCCCAUUCCAGAAUGAUCGGAAAGAAACGCCCCCUAAGUGUCCAGGGGCGAAACCAGGGGGAGGGGUGGGGGUCAAAGUGAUUUCACAAGAACAUUCGUUUUCAACUGACACGUUACGACUAAGACGCAAGGGCACCCAACGACCAUUUUCGGUCAAAUAUCUGUUCGGAAGGAAGGUCACCUGCGGAUUUCGGGGUCGGCCUAGAAAUGUCUACUCUUUUCGGAAUUUGUAUUUCUAGAUCACCUAUGUUUCUCGGGAAGAGAGCUGGGUCACCUAUGUUUUUCGGAGUUGCUUUUGUUACCACCAUCACCAUUUUCAGGAGAUUUUACGUCCGACAUGCUUUAAAAAAGGAAUUCUAGUAUUUUCGGGAGCGAGUAUACAAGGGACAUUACCUUAAGGAUCUUAGAAUCGCAAGGAGUUUCGGAUGGCUCGGGAUGAGUAACUAGAUUUUUUGGAUGGCUGUAAUUUCGCCUAGCAAAUCCGAACAGAUAAAAAAAACGACUGCAAACGAAUAAAAACGGUAUCUUAACUCAUUAGGCCGGUUGUGAAAUUUUCGUCGUUGGGUGCCCUUGAAGACGUAAUAGCUUUAUUGGACCGUGGUGUAUGCUCGAUUUCCAGCUUGUUUCUUGAAGCCCUCAGUACGUGCUCGAUGAGGCCUAGCGACGGCUGGAAAUAGAGCCUACAAAAAGGGAUUUGUAAAAGUUUAAGGCUCGGUUGAGUACCGCAGAAUUCAUACUCUUUAUUGAAGUAACAACAGUAAACAUCACUACCCAUGGGUGGUCUUUAGCAAAUGCUUGGACUUUGCUGACAUUGAAAGCUAGAUCCUUCUUCACAAUCCUUUUGCAACAGAACUAUAACGGCUUACACCACAUUUUAGAAUACGUUGUCGGAGCAAAUGGUCUCGUUAAUUUUUAAUAAUUGCAGGAAAAAAUAAUUAACGCACGCGAUAUGCGAUAAGUUUACUUAUCAUUACCAGCGUUUGGUCUUAGAGCUGUCAUUUGCCAAACGCUAUUUGCACUGAUAUAAACGACUUCCAGAACUUUACCUAACCCUAAAGCCCCAACAGUCAAUCGUAGUUUUGUGUAAUUAGUUUGGAUAGUACUGGUCCAUUCAGUUUGAACUGCAACAGGAGACAAAAGAAGAUAUUCAUCCUUUUUAUUAGAAAAUCAAUUAAACCAAUUAUCUGUGCCCAUUUUAUUUAAAGGAAAUGCUUUAUAAGAUGUUGUGAUAAUCAUAGAAAGGUAUUUUUGAAAAGAGUAUAAAACCGAAAAUGUAUUAGAAAUCUGUACAUUAAUUAAAAUAUUUAUAUUUUUCUAUAA